AUGAUCUACUUUUUGUUUUUCGGAUUGUUCGGCCAUUUCGCCGGUUCAGAGAUAUGUGAUCUAACGGAUGAUCUCAGUGGUUGUUACAGAAAGUUUCAGUCUUUUGAGGCAAUCAGCCAGAUUCAUAAAUUCCUUGACGGGGAUAAAAACGGUGAAGUUGAUUCUAGAGAAGCUGCUAGAUUCGUCCGUGAUGAGUUCUGCUCAGCGGGCUGUUCUCGCAACCGUCGGUCCCUUACAACUGAUGAUCCACUAGUCAGUCUGUCGGAUUUAUGGUCAAUGUGGCAAACAAAUCCAGCCUUCACGUGGAACGUUAAGGACACUGUCAAAUGGCUCACUGAGAGUGUGAAUUUACCGCGAUACGAGGACACUUUCGUCCGUCAUUCAGUUGAUGGAAAGUCACUUCCUUUGUUAGCCAUGCAGAAUAUGAGCUACUUGACCGAUGUACUUAUGAUCAACAAUCCAAUUGACAAGAAGAGACUGAUGUUGAAAGCCUUGGACACCGUCCUCUUCGGGCCUCCGCAAAGGUUACCGCUGAUAUCCAAGAACGCUUCUUUGGUCACGGCCUCAUGUGGCAUUUUGAUAUUGCUCCUCUUCGGUAUAUCGCAUUGGUGUUAUCACAAUGUGGUAUCGGUUGAUAAGAAAAUCGACUUCCCUGAUUGUUCUUCCACCACCGAACGGAUAUUAAAGCAGCUGCAAAUUCGCCUGGAAGACCUGGAAAGACUUCGCUACUCGCUAAAUAGGUGCGAAGAAAAGGCCGACCUUGGUUCAACGGCACCAGCGGCCUUAAAUUCUGGACAGAUACCUCAGUCGACUGGUCCUGACCCGUGGGUCUCUUUUUCGGUCGAACAAUUCUCGCCUAACAACGGCCGCAUUAUCGAAGAAUCAUCCGAUUGGGAGCGUGACUCUGCUAAAUCACGAGUCUCGUUAGUUCGGGGUGAUUCGGCUUGGAACGUGACCGAACCUGAUGCUUGUGCUGUGCUAAGGCAACCGUCAGAAGUCAAGCUAUCCCCCAGACCUGAACUCAUGAUUUGGCUUCAGUUCACUUAUGAAUUGGAGAUGCAACAGUAUCGAACGAAGAAGCUAGAUGCUGAACUACAGCUCAAUGCGGCUCGCCAAGCGUGUAAACGAUUGAACCGGAAGCGGUACCACAUUUUGGGCUCGGUCCGACUCCUACAUACAGAUAGCUUGGACGAAUUGGAAUACCGUUUAAUACGAGCAAAACAUGUCUUGGAGCAGUUACAGGAAGAACUUCAAGAGAGAGCUCGUCGCUGGUCUCGAAUCGAAGCGCUUACGGGUUUCCAAAUUACUAGCAAUCCAGGACUUCCUCAGCUACGUGCUCAGCUCGCUGCAGUGCAUCCUAGUACUCCCCUGGUGUUGGACAAUAUAACUUCGUCCAGCCUGACGACUGUGCACGACAUCUCAUCUCCCACCCACUUGGCAUGUGAUAAGGGCAUAGAACAAACACAUAAGCUGUGCCUUCCACAAACCAACGGCAUCGCUUACGCAAAUGCGACCGAUAAUAUUCGAUAAGUCUCAACAGUAUACGUUCACUAUGUGAACUUCACUGAGUAGGUCUGCUUGAUUGUCUUUGGCCAUCCACGCAACAUUUCGCUUACGCUGUCCUCAAUGCGUCAUUUGUCUUUGUGGCGGAUUGGUUGUUUCCGUUUGUGCUGAAUACGCUCCUUUGCCUUCGACAUACCACGUCACACCGUCUUCCAUCCGUUUUGAUGUUUGCAUUGUCGCUUAUUCCUCAGCUUCUUACGGAUCUCGACGUCUGGGAUUGUCUCAAACAAGCAUCACAACUUCAGUUGGAUUGAAGCCGAGUGUGCCACGCAACUACUCAUUUGUUCGCCCUUUCGCAACUAUCUGGCGGCGUAAGGCAGGCUCACGCUCCUCGGGGAUGCCAUCAUCCACCGGUUCUACUCCGUUCAAAUGAUCACAUGGGCUAUCAGGCUUCAGGUCACUUAGUCUUCUCACUGUGUGCUGAACCAUUCCACCCCCUUGUGGUAUUUUGGCUCACUUUGUCCAUUUCCGUUCCUGUGCAAUCGUGACCAUUGAUUGUGAGAUUGCUUCCUUUUAUCGCAUUUCAAAAAGCUUUUUAAAGCUAUUUCUCACGGGUGUUUCCUACCUCUGUGAUAGUCCCUUCAUCCUUUUCCCUAUCCGCUAUAAAUCCCAAUAGCGCAUAACUGUAUAAUCAUCUAUUUUAUUUAAUUUUCUCCCGUUGAUCUUAAUCUGUCUCCCCGUGAAAGGUGCGUUAGGCCAUGUGAUGAACCAGAGAGCUGGUCUCUCUACUUUUAUUUCUGUUGUGAUACUUGUAAUAUUGUUCUCUUUUUCGCAUAAGUUUAACAAUGGUAUUGGCCGCGGUUUAAUGACUAUUUUGAUUGGUUUCCUAUGGAAGCCAUGGAAACUUGUCUCCGUAAUUCUUUUCCAGUGCAUUUAUCAUAUUUCCAUCUUUGCUACCAACGGAAACGUACAUCUUACACCUCGUUUACUGUGACAUUUCCGCUAGGUCACCUAGUGCUUACAUCUGCCCUCAUUUUAGUGUAUCCAGUAGAAUCCGGCACACGUGAAGUCAAUCACGAGUCGACGCCAGACAAACACAUGAUUUGUUCUCGACAUUUGUCCCAUAUCCGUUAACUUCACACUUUGACUGAUGCAGAGUAAUUCUCUUACCCACUAGGCGAAACUGAAUUGUACCUAUUCUCUUUCACCACCAUAUUAACGCUGCAAUUUGUGCAACCACACAUAUCUAUCUUUGGUGGUCUGCAGCAUCGUCUAGGCUAGGAGGCUUUCCCCUCCGCAGUUGCGUGACUUAACACCGUUGUUCUGAAGCGCCUCCAUUAUCUCCAUAAGGCUUUGAUGGAGUAGUGUGUUUAUGCGCAUCCGCAUGAAUGUGAUACGUCACCGUGUAAUGGAUUACGAUGAUCAGUUCGGUCCCCUGUG